AUGGCUGAGGCGGACAUUGAGGGUCCUGAAACCCUGCCCAACACGCCAGAUACAGUGCCCCUGGAUGACCACUUCUUCAGCCCUAGAACCCGCGCAAGGCUGCAGGGCGACUUCGCUCGCCUGGUCCCUGUCAAUCACGCCGCCGUGCUAGCAUUUCAUUCAAUCGCCGAGCGGGCGAGGCUUGAACCUGACUGGAACCCUCACAUUCGCAAGUUCCUUUUCAUCGAGGAAACCGCCCGGCAGCUGUCUCCUGAAUGGGAUGGUAGUGACGCCUCCAGUGAUACGACAGGCGGGCACCCUGCUCAAGUGCUGAUGGGCUACUACCGACUUAGCUUGGAGAUUUUGACCAACCACACUAGACUCGGCUGGGUUAUUGGGAGUGGCAGAAAGGAUCUCGUCAAUGGUGGCGUUGAUUUCCUAUUGACCCUCCAGAAAAACAGACACCACGUCCACGGUCGACAUGCUCGGCUGGUCCACCAUCCUCAAAAUGGUGCGUUGAUGCUCGUUGUUGGCAAAGGCAAGGUUGUUCUUGUCAAUGGUAUUGAACGACUCGAUGGCUCACAGCGAGUUCUUGGGUCUGUGCGUACUGCCCUGUCCUUCGGCAACCUAUCCUACAACCUGGAGUUUACGGGCCUGAAUGAAAAUAAUUAUCGGGAAAAGCUAGGAGAGCUGUUCACCAAGCUUCAUCCUGAUGGUGACGUGCCUCCAAUGUCUCUUGAAUUGACACCUCUUGAGCACCAUCAUGAACUGCACGGGUUUCUCAUCCAUUCUCCGUUCGCAUCUGGUGCCAGCGGUGUGGUUUCUGCGGGCUUUGAAAAGUCUACCGGCCAGGCAGUCGCCGUCAAACGUGUCAAGCGUACGCCAGCGACCGUCGCCCGAAUCCAACUUGAAAUCCAAAUUUACAAGAAAAUAGGAAACCAUCCCAAUCUCUGCCAUUUAAUGGCUGAUCUAUAUUCUGGAGGCGAUGAAUACAGCACAGGCAAGUCCAAGAUCAAUGAUGUCUACCUGGUCCACUCUCCGCUAGCCAGACAGACAUUCCUUGACUUGACCCUCUCGAAAAGGCCGUAUGAAGUUCGCAUGUCUGCCUUUCACCAAGUUUUGAAAGGACUUGCCCAUCUUCACCAGCAUGGUAUCAUGCACAGAGACCUGAAGCCCACGAAUAUGAUGAUCGUCUCGUACUCACCUAUACACGCAAUUAUUAUUGAUUACGGGAGCGCCACUUUCGAUGCUACUUCGACGGACCACUACUGCGGAACCAUCGCGUAUCUUGCGCCGGAAAUUCUCAAGCUCAAGUAUCAAAAUGUGACUCUGAACCCGGAACCCUAUGAUUGUCGCGUGGAUGUUUGGGCCAUGGGACUUUCGGGCUAUCAGCUUUUCUUCCAGCAGCCUUGCAGGUGGGAGAAAGGUGUCAGCAGCGCCACUCAUACAGAUAUCAUACAGACCUUGAAAUCCCGACCAGCGCCUAUCGCUGACGUGCUCGAGAAGAUGCUUUCGUGGCAACGUGUGCAUCGCCCUCAUGCAAACGAGCUGCUUCGGUCCAAGGUUUGGUCCAGGCUUGUCGACGACGCUGAAGCCCCAAACAUCGACAUUUCUGCACCUUCGCAUGUCCACAAAAAGGUGAAGAGGUGA